GAAAGUGCGGUGCCGGGGUGCCCAGGGGAGCUGCAAGCGGGUGGCCUGGGGACAGGUGUCCGGAUUUGUGUUGCCUGCGCUCACCUCGAGGUCCCCGCUGUGACAGAUUUCAGCGGCUGACCCCGCUGCUGCCCGUUCUCAGGCACACAUUCCUGAUGGGCAUUUAUUUUGACUUUAAGCAGCACAAGGACACAGGGGUCACUCGGUGUCACCACCGUAGGGACAAGUGGGGACAGGGUUGGGUGGGGGAAAGGGUGAGCUUUCAGCUGUGGCUUCGCCAUUGGCUUCCAGGACUUGGUCUCAGCUUUCCCUUCAGUGUCAGCCAGGGGAGGUGCAGCCUGCUGGGAAACAAUCAGUGAACGAAUGCACGAAUGUGGGGGUCCCCUCCAGUCUGGUGGACAAGGGUUCUCCAGGAGCCAGGCCCAACCCGGCCUCUCCCAGCUGGGCCAGAGUGGGAGCGAGGCUGCGGCGUCCCCGGACACGGAGGACCCGGUCCCCCUCGUGUGCCAGCUCAGGCGAUCGGGCCCCGGAGCAUCCAGGCAGCGGUGUCGCAGGCUCGGAGGCUGGGCCCUCCAGGGAGGCAGCGGCGAGGCCCGUUUCCACGUUUUGCUUGGGCGGCGGCCUGGGCCGUUCCCCAGGUUCCCCAGGCGUCCCGAAGUGUCCGGGGCUGCUCUGCGCGCAACCCGGGAGAGGUCCCGCCGCCGCGAGGCUGGCGCUGGGAGGACGGUGGAAAUCUCAGCGUCCCCAAGCCCUGUGCAAAUGGCUGCCGGGCCGGCGGCUGUCAGACGCAGACCAGAGGCCCAGGGCAGCCUCCGCGCAGCCCCCGGGGGCCGCAGGGGGAGCCGGGCGCCCCGGGAAACCCGAGGCUGCGCGAACCCACAAUGGCCUGACCCCAGGGGGCCGGGAUUGUGGGGUGCGCGCUCAGCCCCGAGCCCUUUAGGUCCGGGAUCCCACGAACGGGCGCGCUGGGCCCAGAGAUGUCAACAGCCGGAGAGCAGAGCUGGAGAGCAGAGCUGCAGCCCCCGCCUGGAGUGUGCGCGAAGGGGCACUGGGUGUCGCCCUCCCCCGCCCCAAAGCGCUCAGGCCGUUUCCUCGGUUCCACCCGCACUUCUGGCGGCUCAGGCCCGCGGCCCAAGUUGGGGAGAAGGGAGCGGCGCGCACCGCGGGGACCCGCGCGGCGACCCGGACUCCCGGCAUUUAGGCCGAGCAGCGCUCCCCGCCCGGAACCGCCCUCGGCGCCCGUUGGGCCCCCUGGUCCGGCGGAGCCUGGGAGCCCGGACACUGCGGGGCCGAAUUUGACUGGGUUUCCGGGCGCCUCGCCCU